AUGUUCGAUGGAGUACCAGACCAGUUCCACCAAUUCAUAACUCCAAGGACCUCACUACCUCUUCACUUACCUUUCCCUCUCCAUGCUUCUGGAACCCCCAAUACCACCUUUCCUUCCAAUUUUGAUCCCUACAACGCUUCCCAUCAAUUGCCACUCCAACCUAACAAUCUCUUGCACCCGUUACACCACCAACCCUCUACCCACAAAGAUGAAGACAAGCAAGAAAACACCACUGUCCCAAUGAACUUCGAAAUCCAAAGAGAUCAAAGGCAACAACUACCCCACCUGAUUGAUCCCUGGACUAACGACGAAGUGCUCGCGCUCUUGAGGAUCAGAUCUAGCAUGGAGAGUUGGUUCCCAGAACUCACCUGGGAACAUGUCUCAAGGAAGCUGGCAGAGCUUGGAUAUAAGAGGAGUGCAGAGAAGUGCAAGGAGAAGUUUGAAGAAGAAAGUAGAUAUUUUAACAACAACAUUAAUUACGGCAAGAAUAAUAAUAACAAUUAUCGGUUUCUUAGUGAGCUUGAACAGCUUUACCAUCAAGGAGGUGGUGAUCAUCAUCUUGGGACCGAAGAAAAGACUCGACAACUGCAGAAACAAGACAAGAUGGACCACCAUGCAUUGGAAGAAGGGGAUUUCAGAAAUGUUGACGCAUCGGUGACAAAACAAAACGACGAGGCAGUGGUAGAAAAGACUCAGGAGCGCAAGAGGAGAAGGCCAGGUAGGUUUGAAAUGUUCAAGGGUUUUUGUGAGAGCAUUGUGCACAAGAUGAUGGCUCAGCAAGAAGAGAUGCACAACAAGCUCCUCGAAGACAUGAUGAAGAGAGAUGAAGAGAAGUUCACUCGAGAGGAAGCUUGGAAGAAGCAAGAGAUGGAGAAGAUGAACAUGGAGCUUGACAUGAUGGCACGUGAGCAAGCCAUUGCGGGUGAUAGACAAGCCAACAUCAUUCAAAUACUGAACAAAUUCUCAGCCACUUCCCCUGCAAACAAGAGCCUCAAGGUAAUAACUAAUGGUUCAAACCUAAAAACUCACACUACACAAAACCCUAAUCCUUCACAAAACACUCCAGCUCUACCCACAACAGAAAACCCUACCUCAAGUCUUGGACAAGACACAUUACAAGCGAUUGUCAAUCCUUCUACUUCUUCAAAUUCAGCUCAAGUUUCUCAACCCAACCCUUGUUCUUGCUCUCUAAAUAACCAGAAUAAUACGAAUCCUGUAAAGAGAAAUUCGGUUUUGAAUAAAGUUUCGUCACCAACGGUUGUUGAGAGAGACGAUGUUGGGAGAAGGUGGCCAAAGGACGAAGUGUUGGCACUGAUAAACCUGAGGUGCACUAGUGUGAACAACACCACCACCAACGAGGAGAAGGAAGGGAACAAGGUGCCUCUGUGGGAGAGAAUCUCACAAGGGAUGUCCGAGUUAGGAUACAAGAGGAGCGCAAAGAGGUGCAAAGAGAAGUGGGAAAACAUAAACAAGUACUUCAGAAAAACCAAAGAUGUUAAUAAGAAGAGGUCCCUUGACUCAAGGACUUGUCCCUACUUUCAUCAAUUGAACCGUCUCUACAAUGAAGGAAAGCUUGUUCUACAAUCUGAGAGGCCAGAAAGCCACUUGAAUAAUCCAGCAGAGAAUCCCGAACAAGUGCAACCAGAUCAAACACAAGCGGAGUCUUCUUCGCAGGUGGGGCCUGAUAGUUUCAGUGUGCAGCAGCAGGUUGAUCAUGGAGGUGAGAAAACCUUGAUGCAAGUACCUUCUUUGGAUUUUGAUCAGUUUUAA